UUUUGACAUCGUACGCUAUGAGACGCAAAGAGCAACACAAAAAAGGGAAAUUCGAUUUGUAAUUUUUCCCCAAAUGGACACUCUACCGGUUGAACAGUUGGUGUCUGACCCAACAAACUAACAGUUGCCCUAGAAGACGAUUCUUCACUCAAAUUGAGACGACUCAAUUCACAGUUUUUCAUCCUUUCAUCGCCACUGAUUUACAUCCAAAACGACGACGUUCUCAAUUCGCCGAAGCACUUCGAGCCCCCAACCAGCCAGCAAUAAUCUGAAAUCCUAUUUCGCAGAUCGCUAAAACGGAUUUGCAAAUCAAGUAGAUCCACUUCAAUACACACAUAUGCUGAUAGGCAUAUGUAUGUAGUUGAAGUUUUGAAUCGAUACUUAUUGUGAUUUAUUUACUAGAGAGAUGAAUGGGAGUCAGGGGACGGUGCACCCAGUGGACGCGCCGCCGCUGCAGACGGAGAGGGCGAACGUGCCACUGCCGUGGAACAGGAUGAAGGACCUUCAGGGCAUGCCGGGGACUGUAGGCGGCCUCUUCUUGCGAUUUUCUCAGAUGUUAUUCGCGGUCGUUGCGCUCUCGGUCAUGGCCACAACCAGUGACUUUCCAUCUGUCACUGCCUUCUGCUAUCUUGUUGCUGCUGCUGGUUUGCAGAGCAUGUGGAGCCUUGCCCUAGCAAUUGUUGACAUAUAUGCUCUUCUUGUGGGACGUCGCCUGCAGAAUUAUCAACUUGUUAGUUUAUUUGCUAUUGGUGAUGGGGUUAUUUCUACCCUUACGUUUGCUGCUGCCUGUGCAUCUGCUGGGAUCACCGUUCUCAUCGGCAAUGAUCUCGGUGCCUGUGGUAGGAAUCACUGCACAGAGUUUGAGACUGCUACGGCUAUGUCCUUUCUUAGCUGGUUUUGUGCAUUACCAUCGUUUCUGUUAAAUUAUUGGUCCUUGGCAUCUCGACGAUGAACGGAAUAUAUGAUCCAAUGAAAGAAAAAUGGGUUUGUAAGAUUUACCUGAAGCGUCUGUGAAUUUAUGUAAUAUCUUCUGCUUGUGUUGGUCGAUGAUGUAUAUAACUCAAAAUUGGUGUUAAUGGCGUACUCUCAUAACACUGUAAAUGCGACAUUUUGUCUCCUUGUGUCGAAGAUUUUCUUUUGGUUUGUUUAAUCAUAAUUCCGACUGCAUGAA